AUGGAUUUAGAUUGGAAGAGAAUAUGCUUUAGGAGAGAAUCUGAAAUAAAAGAAGGAGGAUCGGGUGAAAUAGUCAUUUUUAAAGAAAUAACAGAUAUUCCAAGUGAAUUGCAGGAAAUAGCAACAGGCUUGCCAGAAAACACAGCAAACAUGUGGACGGUCUAUAAAGAAAGAACAUAUGUCCUAUGCAAGGUUUCAGAAGAGAAAGCAACUAAUUUGGCAGAGAUAAGAAGUAUUGCUGCCAAAGCAACAGGAAGAUUAGUUAAGGAAGGCAUACAGAACAUAGUAAUUGAAAAGGAGAGAGAGUCACAAAUAACCCCAUGGAUAGUUGAAGGAAUUCUUAUUUCAUCGUAUAAAUAUGACUUACUGCAUAGUAAGAAGAGCACGCCAGUAAAUCUUAUAUACAAUGGAGAGACCGCAGAGGUGCUUCAGGCUAUAACCGUCUCAGAAGCACAGAACUUUGCAAGAUUUUUAGUAGACACGCCAGCAAACAAGCUUACACCAACACUUUUUGUAGAGUACGCCAAGGACUAUCUUCCAAAGGAAGUGACUGUUAAGGUGUACGGCAGAGAAGAGCUUAAAAAAAUGAACAUGAAUCUUUUCCUUGGUGUAUCAAAUGGGUCAGUAGAAGAGCCAAAGCUUCUAGAGCUAAGAUACAAUAAGGGAGAGAGCGAAGGAAAGGAGUGCAUUGCUCUGGUUGGUAAAGGAAUUACUUUUGAUUCUGGUGGUAUUAGCUUAAAACCAUCUGCCAAAAUGGCAGCAAUGAAGGGUGAUAUGGGAGGCGGCGCUUCAGUUGUUAGUACAAUUGGUGCCCUUGCAAGGCUCUCUGCUAAUGCAAAUGUGGUUGGAAUCAUUCCACUAACAGAAAACCUUCCAUCGGGCAGCGCAACAAAGCCUGGUGAUGUACAUAUAGGCAGUGCAGGAAAGAGUGUGGAAGUAGACAACACAGAUGCCGAGGGGCGGCUGGUUUUAGCAGAUGCACUUGACCAUGCAUUGAAAUUCAGCCCUGCAAAAAUCAUUGAUAUUGCUACUUUAACAGGUGCUAUCACAGUUUCUCUAGGGCCAGUAAUGGCUGGUCUAUUUAGUAACUCAGAUGACCUAGCCAAUUCUCUGUUUAAUACGUCUCAUGAAGUUGAGGACAAACUAUGGAGGCUUCCUGUAACAGAUGAGUAUAAAUCGCUCAUCUCAUCAGAGGUAGCAGACUUAAAAAAUGUUGGAGGACCAGCGGGUGGAUCAAUCACUGCAGCACUGUUCCUAAAAGAGUUUGUUAAAGAUACUCCCUGGGCCCAUCUGGACAUAGCAGGCGUGGCCUUCAAUACACUUACACCAGAUUUGCAUGGAAAAGGUGCAACAGGGCGUCCAGUUAAAUUACUGACUAACUGGGUUCUUAAGCAGUAAGUAUAAAAUUAAUGGAUGGGUCUAUAUUAGAAAUAAGCAAAAUUUAAAUAAAUAUAACC